AUAAACCCUCCUUAUUUCUACAUCUCUCUGCAUCUCUCUCUAUCACAGCAAAUUCCUCAUCUCUCUAAUUUCCCUCUCCCGAAAGAAGAUGCGUGAGAUUCUUCACAUUCAGGGAGGCCAAUGCGGCAACCAGAUCGGUGCCAAGUUCUGGGAAGUAGUGUGCGCUGAGCAUGGGAUUGAUCCCACUGGAAAAUACCAUGGGGACUCCGAGAUUCAGCUUGAGAGGAUCGAUGUCUACUACAAUGAGGCUGGUGGUGGAAGAUUUGUUCCGCGGGCUGUCCUCAUGGACUUGGAGCCUGGGGUCAUGGACAGUGUUAGGUCUGGGCAAUAUGGUCAGAUUUUCCGCCCGGACAACUUUGUUUUUGGUCAGUCCGGUGCCGGAAACAAUUGGGCUAAGGGGCAUUACACUGAAGGGGCAGAGCUGAUCGACUCUGUUCUCGACGUCGUUCGCAAAGAGGCCGAGAAUUGUGACUGCUUGCAGGGGUUCCAGGUAUGCCACUCUUUGGGAGGGGGUACAGGAUCUGGAAUGGGGACUCUUCUGAUUUCCAAGAUUCGUGAAGAAUACCCAGAUAGAAUGAUGAUGACCUUCUCGGUGUUUCCCUCUCCAAAGGUGUCUGACACAGUUGUGGAGCCUUACAACGCCACUUUGUCUGUCCACCAGCUCGUGGAAAAUGCAGAUGAGUGCAUGGUUCUUGACAACGAGGCUCUCUACGACAUCUGCUUCCGAACACUCAAGCUCACCACUCCUAGUUUUGGUGAUCUCAACCAUCUAAUUUCUGCAACAAUGUCCGGAGUCACAUGUUGCCUAAGGUUCCCAGGGCAGCUCAAUUCUGAUCUGAGAAAGCUGGCUGUAAACCUCAUCCCCUUCCCUCGCCUCCACUUUUUCAUGGUGGGUUUUGCUCCACUCACUUCCCGGGGGUCUCAGCAGUACCGGAACCUGACAGUCCCGGAGCUCACCCAGCAGAUGUGGGAUGCAAAGAACAUGAUGUGCGCAGCUGACCCGCGCCAUGGCCGGUAUCUGACAGCAUCAGCAAUGUUCCGGGGAAAGAUGAGUACCAAAGAAGUGGACGAGCAGAUGCUGAAUGUGCAGAACAAGAACUCAUCCUACUUUGUGGAGUGGAUCCCCAAUAAUGUGAAGUCAACAGUGUGUGACAUCCCGCCGACUGGUCUAAAGAUGGCGUCGACAUUUAUAGGGAACUCAACGUCGAUACAGGAGAUGUUCAGGCGGGUGAGCGAGCAAUUCACGGCUAUGUUCAGGAGGAAGGCUUUCUUGCAUUGGUACACGGGGGAAGGGAUGGAUGAGAUGGAGUUCACAGAGGCCGAGAGCAACAUGAAUGAUCUGGUUUCGGAGUAUCAGCAGUACCAAGAUGCGACUGCUGAUGAGGAGGGAGAGUAUGAGGAUGAAGAGGAGGAAUAUGAGCAGAUGUAAUUGUUGUUGUUGGGGUGACCACCAUUGCUGUAUACCUCAACUUCCAGUUGCUGGUUUUUAUAGCUAGGAUUCUAAGAAUGGUGUCGAAUUCAGGGUUAUGAGGGACCUUGAAACCAAAACAACCAUAUUUUUUGCUUUUGUAAUUUGCCGUUUCUGAAAUGAAAAGCCCUCCUAUUUAAUUUCCAUA